UGGUCGUCAGUCGUAGUUGUGAAAGUGAUGCAAAUUAAAAGUCCUAGUCAACUUCAUUUCACAAUAAAAUAACCUUGUUUAUCAAUGAUGGGCUUUGAUAAUCUUUCCUCCUGACACAAGUGCAAAGGAGGAGUCAAAUCUCAACAUGAAUAAGACCAGUAGAUACAACAUGGAAGCAGAAUCAUCUUCUCAAAAACCUCAGAUGCACAUGACAUCAUCAAGAUUUUCAGUUCCUAGCUGUUCUUCACUAUUAAUGGCCUUUCUUUUUGCUCUCUCUGCGUCUUUCCAAUUCAAUGACCCUGAUUGGUACUUCUGGAUUCCCCUGUAUGCACUGGCUUGCCUCGUCAACAUCGUUAAUGAGUACACAAAAAUAGCCAAAAUUACACUCUUGAUGGGGACCAUCUUAUUCCUCAAAGUUGUCAUUGAAGAUGUUGUCUUUCAUCAAGGAAUAUCUGGGAUUUGGUCAUUUGAUAUGGGGGAGAGAGUAGUUAGGGAAAAGAUUGGAAGUGGACUUGUUAUCCUCUCCAUGUCUUUACUGCUGCGAAAAGGAAACCCUAAUAAUACAACAUUUUCAAACCAUGUUGAAUUUGGGCAGUCGAUCUUGGUUGCAAUAAGCUACGGCAUGUCCUUUGCUUUCUUUUUUUCCUCAAAGCCAGAAAUGAAGUUGUAAUCUUACAACAUUUUAUAGUCUCGUGGGUGCAAGUUUAGUUCUCAAUGUUACCCUUCCCCGAUGUACUAACUUUUUUUGCACGAAAGAAAAAAAGAAUAUUGCUAGCUGCAGUUUCUAGACUCAAA